GUAAAUAGCACACAGGCUGAUCAAGGAAAUCGGGAGUGAACUAGAGAAAAGUGUUGGAUCAUCAAUCUUCAUCAUGAACAGCAUGCCACUUUGGCUAUGACGUAUCUGUUACGAUCAAGGUCAACAAUUCAAAUAUGCAGGAAUAAUAUACGACAUCUAACAAGCGAUGGAAGACGACUUGUUCUAGGAAUUGAAAGUUCUUGUGAUGAUUCCUGUGCCGCAUUGGUAUCUGCUCCCAUCACUUAUCCCGAUGGAAAUUUCAAGGAAAGAGCAACAAUUCACACCUCAAUCGUACGCAAACAAGAUCAUACGAUCACAAAAGGCAUUGAACCUUUGAAAGCCACACAUAGCCAUUCUGCAGAACUUCCGAUAGCAAUCAGAGAUGCUCUCCAAAAAGCCAAAGAACAAGGCGUCAUUCGAGAUCCCUGCAAACCGGAAGAGAUUGAUGGGAUUGCCGUUACGCAAGGUCCAGGGAUGGCAAGUUGUUUAAUGCAAGGAUUGACCAAUGCAAAGCUAUUAUCAACAUUAUGGGAAAAGCCUUUGAUUUAUUGUCAUCAUAUGGUUGCCCAUACCCUGACACCUCUACUUACCAAUCCGGUGGAAUGUGAACCUAUUCGAUUACCCUUUUUGGUGUUGCUCUUGUCUGGAGGUCAUACGCAGUUGGUUCUGUGUAGCUCUUAUACCGAAUUCAAGAUCUUGGCCGCUACUACUGAUACUUCGAUCGGAGAUGCAUUGGACAAAGGUGCAAGAGAGUUAAACGUUCCAUUCGAUUGGGCAACAACUGCUCCCGGUGCAGCUUUGGAACGAUUUGCAGAUGUGACUGGAUCUGAUCAAUUUCCAAUGCCCAUUCCAGUACGUGGGAAAGCAGAAUUUAGCUAUUCAGGAUUAAGAGCAGCUUUAUUCUUUCUUAAACAGAAAAAGCCGGAAAUUUUUGAGCUUGAAUCAAAUCGUAAAACUAUUGCUUUUUCUUAUCAAAAUGCUGCUUUUGCACAAUUGCAAGAUAAACUGCAGAUGGUCUUCUCGGGAAAAGGAUCCAUUCUUCCGCCCACCGUUGAUGCAAAUUCCAUCACCGAUCUCGUCGUUUCGGGAGGCGUCGCGAGCAAUGCACACCUUCGUCAAGUAUUGCAAUCCACUUUGGACAAAUUGGACAGAACAAAUGUUCGAUUGCACUUUCCGCCUCUUUCUCUCUGUACAGAUAAUGCAGCCAUGAUUGCACAUGCUGCUUUGGUUCGUUGGGACCCAACCAAUGACCUCUCUAUGAGUCCUCGUGCUCGUUGGAGCAUGGAAGAUUAUCCAUGAUAUUUGUAACACAAUCUGUAUUAUUAAUCUCUCUCGCAAAAAAAAUCGGAAUAAAGAAUUGAAUUAAA